CCGAUGGAUGUUUAUAUGCAUUAGGAGGCUCUUCUGAAAGAUUUAAAAGAAAUAGAUUCCGGCAAAGUGGAGCUUCUCUCGUAUAGGGAUGAGACUGAAAGUUCGCCUGAAAAAGUUUUCGGUGGUUCAUGUGAAAUAUCGUUUGGGUCGAGAGUCGAGUCCAUACCAGUUCUGGUCAGGUGUGAGACGGAGAGGAAAAAAGGGUCUUCUCGAGCACAGGUCUGAAAAAAGGAGCUUUCUAUUGGUGUCAGAUUUUGGAAGUUUAUUUGUAUGACAAUGGAUUGUAAUAUUGUGGAGGAAGAACAACUUGUGGAUCACUCUUGGCGCCCUCUUGGUUUAGAACCCACCAUUCAGAAUGUCGUCGCAUUACUGAAUUUGGAUUGCAAGUUGGACCUUAAGGCCAUAGCAUUGCGGGCCCGCAAUGCUGAGUACAAUUCCAAGCAUUUUGCAGCAUGUAUCAUGCGAAUACGAGAGCCGAAAACCACAGCAUUAAUAUUCGCUUCUGGGAAAAUGGUGUGCACAGGAGCGAAGAGUGAAGGAGACUCCAAGGUUGCAGCAAGGAAGUUCACUCGAAUCCUCCAAAAGAUGGGUUUUCCCGUUCAUUUCAAGGACUUCAAAAUUCAGAAUAUUGUUGGAUCCUGCGAUGUCAAAUUCCCCAUCAAGCUCGAGAGGCUUUGCCAUUUUCAUGAUGGUUUCUCACGGUAUGAGCCAGAACUUUUCCCUGGUCUGAUCUACCGGAUGGCGCAACCAAAGUUAGUCAUCCUCAUAUUUGCAUCAGGCAAAAUAGUCAUUAGUGGAGCCAAGAGGCGGGAAGAGACUUAUGCAGCUUUUGAUAAUAUAUAUCCAGUCCUAGCCGAGUAUAGAAGGGGUAAAAAAGUGACUAGCUUGAAUCCAAUUCAAUUUAAGAGUGAGAGUAAUGAAGUGCCGCCUCAGGGAUAUGUUUCAAGUCCUCACUGAUUUUUGGAAGCCUCUACUUCGACCUGCAAAUUUGUUG